GCUGCACAAUAAGGAAGCGCAUGAACACAGAAUCAGAGCAAGCGACAGGGAGGAUUAAAUAAAUAUCCCUUCAUUUAAAAGAAAAUGUCUACCUACAUUCAGGGGCAAGAUAGAGAGAGAAGAAGAGAGGGAGAGAGAAAGAGAGAGAGAUUGGUAAAGUGAGAGAACGCAGUGGGUGGGGAGUGAAACAAGGAGAGUAAAACGCAACAUGUUUCUCAUUUUUUCGUUUUCUUUUUGAGGAACUUCCAUUUGUGACCUGUCCAAGCAGAAGUACAGACUAAUGAGAUCUACAGUAACGGGAUCCACAGAGAGACUGAGAGAGAGCGGAGGAGACAGGUCGAGAGAUGGCUGGGAUAGCAGUCCUGCUGCUGAUGGCUGUACUGCUGACGGAGGGCCAGGCCGACACCUCCAUUCCCCGUACAUGUGUGAACUGUCUGAUCAUCAAUCUGGAGUACAUCGACUGCACAUGGAUUUCUCAAGGGAUCCAAGAGGUCAACUACACCUUCCACCACAGACGGGAAAAGAGAAGCUACAGGGAAUGUGCCACUUACCUGCUCCAGAAUGGACUUACUGUGGGCUGCAGGCUACCCUACACAAGAGCCCUGAAGUUCCACAAACUUCACACCAGACUGUUCAUGGACAACAGCAGUUCAGAGCAGAUCAUCAAUCUUACACACGAGGUGAAGUUAAACCCCCCGCACCACCUUCUGCUGGAGGAAAAGGAAGAUGAAGGCAACGCUGAGCUGUGGCUUCGCUGGAACGUCAGCUGCCCUUCCAGAUGCGUAGAGAGUGAGGUGCGCUACAGCAAGCCCGGCAGUACCCUCUGGAAGAUAACUGUUCCGAUGAUUGGAUAUUCCUUCACUCUACCUUUCUUCUCACCUGAAGACAUGUAUGAGUUCCAGGUGAGAAUAAGAGUUCCUGAUGAUUGUGCCCAGUCCAAGUACUGGAGUGACUGGAGCGCCCCUGUGGUCUGGGGUCCGAAGCUUCAGCCCAACAGUGCAGGAUACCGCCCGUGGAGACCGGUCUCUGCUGUUUUCUGGUCGGGUUUGGCAGCUGUGGUUCUGGCUCAGACUGGCUAACCCCGCAAUCAACCCGCCAUCAAGUGUGGCAGUUUUAUCAAGCUAUUGAUUGACAAAAAGAAAGAAUCCGCAUGCCUUGUGUCCAAGGCCUAAGUUGGGGAAAAAAGAAAAACUGUUGUGUCUGCCAGUUAUCAGAUAAGAGUUUGGCAACCGUGGUGCUAAUAAAUAAUUGCGUGCUUCUAAUCAGUGAAAUAAGAAUGUACAGUAUGUGUCUCCAUUUACUGUACAUGUUAUUUGUCUUUGUGUUUGUGUAUGACUGUUUGUUUGUGUGGUUAACGUCAAAUCACUUAAUAACAACAAAAUCUUUAGACAUCAUUAAAAGCUGCAGACUGUUUAUCACUUUAAAAGAAA